AUGCUAUCUGCAGAACAAAUGACACUGGCACACGAAUCCAUUGGCAAAUACGAAUGCUCAGCAGUAAUGCUUGUCAAGUUUCUGCUGGACACGCUUAUUUCUGUGACGAACACUAGGAGCAGAUCAAGGAUGUUUUUUCUUUUCCCGAAUGAAUUUGGUGAAGAUGCAACAGACAGAAAUGACUUUCAAUCAUUCUAUCCGACUACUACUCAGGUUUUGGAUACGGAGAUGGAGGCAAAGUAUACUGUUGAGAUGCUUGAAGAGACGCUGUGCAGCUUGGCCUCCAAAGCAAGCACAUUUAUAGGCGAAGAGCGCAAAGCAGAGUACAGCAGGUUUCAAAAUGAGAUAGGUGUGUAUUUCAAGCAAUACUUCGAAGAUAUGGACGAGCUGAAGAUUCCGUUUGAAAUCAGGAAUCCAGGGCUGUACUCGAACGGAAAGGAACCUAGGGUCUGCUUCAAGGACAUACUUGAUCUUCUUCCUGCAUUUAAGUGCAAUAGCGUGGAAUCGAGUGAGCUGCUGAGACAGAUGUGCACCACAAUCAACACGAAUGAAAUACUGAGCACAUCCAUAGUUAUCAAGAGGAUCUGCUCGAUGAGCUCGCAAAUGAACGCCGAUCUGGUCAACCUCCACUUGAAGAGUGCAAUUGGCGACGAGGUUCUGUGCCAAAAUAGUCGUAUGCUGCGGGUGUUUGUUGAAGCUUCGGUGAUAAGGUACAAGAUCAUGGAUUCGCUUUUCUUCAUCAACCAGCUCGACUGUGAGGUUGUAUGUAAGGCGAACGAAGAGCCGAGUGCAUUGAUGAUGAUCACACAGAUUGUUAUAGGUUUAUGUGUCCUUGCCGUAGGAUGCAUUUUGAAACUUCUAUGUGUUUUCUGA